ACAUCUUCUCAACCUAGCCCAACCACACCAACCAACACCAUAUUUUACGCUAUUAUAAUAAUACUUGUUACUUCUUCUUCCUUGCUAAAGUUUACUAUUAUUCCAAAGUCUCAAUCUAACCUAGUAGGAAAGCAAGCAUGCUAUAUGCCAAGCAAAUAACCAAACACCGUUCUUCUCUCCUUCUUCUCUAAUUCAUUACUUGCCAGUGCGAUUUACUUAAAAAAUGGCACUUCCUUCUGGGAUUUAACUGAAUUUCCUCGAGAUUAGAGCGUGUGUAAGGUUUUCUUACAUUGGCUUUCUGGUUAGGCAGGGUUUUUAUCCCGUGCUUUCUUUCUUCGUCACUGUCACUUUUACAUGUGAUACGCCUUCUUUUCCUUUUCCUCAUCAUCGUGUUUCCAUUAGAAAUUCAUAUUAAACGUGAAGAAGAAAGCAAGCAAAUCCGGAAAAAGUCAACGCACUUGGACAUUUAGCCUUCAUUGUAAGAAUUAACCGGGGUUGGGUUGCCCUUCAAGUUUGGGCUAUAAUAUCCUCUAAUAAUUGCCUUCAAUAGUCGACUUUUCAGUUUCGUAAAUGAAUUGAGAAGGAAAGUCAAGGUUUAAUAACACAGUUUCGGAGGACAAACUUAAACUUGUAGUAUGAUCUUCUACUUUACCAAGACUAUUACUGACUGAUGGACUUCGUGGCUGGCGAUCUGCUGCUACUGAGGCUGCUGGAAUAUUAAGUCAAGCGGUUGUCAUAUAUUAAAUCAUCAAAGGAUUAGAACAACAACUCAUUCUUCAAGUCCUUCACGGAAUCUCUGGAAUUCAAGGAUUCAUUGCAAUAUAAGCACAUUUUGCCAAUAACUGUUUCUCAAACAUCAUUUUCACACGAGAUUUGUCGAAACUCGACUUAAUAAUAUCUUUUCUCUGAGCAAUCAUCGUAAUAAAACAAAAAGACACUAAAAAUGGGUAAUGAAGUGUCUCUGCAGGGUGAAAUGUGUAGUCAUUGUAAGUCAUGUAAUGAAUCGGCUUUCGACCCUGAUGAGAUCAAGAGGUUGGGGAAACGAUUCAGAAAGUUAGAUCUGGACAACUCUGGAUCUUUAUCCAUUGAUGAGUUUAUGAGUUUGCCGGAACUACAACAAAAUCCAUUAGUUCAGCGUGUAAUUGAUAUUUUUGAUGCUGAUGGGAAUGGAGAAGUUGAUUUUAAGGAAUUCAUCCAAGGAGUCUCGCAAUUUAGUGUAAAAGGCGACAAAGAAUCUAAACUCCGAUUUGCUUUUCGCAUUUACGACAUGGAUAAUGACGGCUAUAUUUCAAACGGAGAACUAUUUCAGGUUUUGAAAAUGAUGGUCGGCAACAAUUUGAAAGACACACAACUGCAACAAAUAGUUGAUAAGACAAUUCUGUUUGCUGACAAGGAUGAAGAUGGCAAAAUUUCAUUUCAGGAGUUUUGUAGCGUGGUUGGAAAUACAGAUAUUCACAAGAAAAUGGUCGUUGAUGUUUGAAGAUAACACCAUUUACCUAAAAUAAAUAUGUGCUAUUCUUCAACCGAUUAUGCAUCAACCACCUCCUUAUUAUUACUAAAAAAAAUCAAAAUACUACAACUUAAUCCCGUGUAUCCAAUUAAAUUAAUAAUACUACUGCAAUCUACCGUUUACAUCCAUAAUACACUCCUCCUCCUCCUACCAUAAUAUGCAACUUAUCCUAUAUGCGGUUGAAGUAUAUCAUACUCGAGACUUUGUUUAUCGUGAAUGUCGAUUGUUUGUGUACUUACUGAAAAUAUGUGUACAUUACCUUUAUAACGUAAGGAUUUGCGAUGUAUUUAUUUUAUGGAGACUAUCCUCAAAAAUUAAAUUGUUUAUGAGUGUUGAAUAACUACGAAACAAAGACCAAACGAGCCAA